UCAUAUUCUAUUAUAUAAUCAAUAAUGGACGAAGUUGAUUAUUGUUAUUGUUCUUACUUUUCUUUGGACUUGUUGACAAUCCUUUUCAUUAAUCCGUUUAUUUUUCCACAACAUUGUUCACAUCGUGAUCCAUUGUCAUAUAUUUUCAAUCUACUUAUUUGCCUUUCACUUUCGUUUACCGAUUCAAAGUUUGCCAUUAAAAUACAAACCUCCAAACCACAUAUAAUCAUAUCUGAGUCUUAUCCUUCCGUUACCUACAAUCUAUACAUUUUUUUGCAUUACCAUUAUCAAUUCUCAAGUUAAUUAUCCCCUUCCCAAAAGCUAUCCCAGAUUCCUCUUUAGUACUGGUUCUUUCUUUGGAGUUGACCAACACAUUCUUUCUUUUGUGUGGAACAAACAAGAAAAUUCAGUACUGCCUAUAUGAAUUGGGUGUUUUCGAAAUUGUGAUCCUGAAUUCUGAUUUCAGAUACAAGAGCGUUACAUACAGUUCAAGCUUGUCAACUGGUGUGGGGUUUGGAUUUUACAUGGCUCAUCCUGCUUAUGCCGAAACAUUUUCAUUUGGAGGCUCAAACCAUGCUCAGGGACAACAGGCGGUGCCAUUUCAGACCAACAAGGCUUCCCUUAAGUUUUUGCUUUUACAUGGGAACUUAGAUAUUUGGGUCAGGGAGGCCAAAAACCUUCCUAAUAUGGAUAUGUUUCAUACAAAAUUAGAGGGCAUGUUUUCAAAACUUUCUGGGAAGGUUAGCAACAAAAUCGAGGGGCAAAUGUCUACUGCAAUAACCAGUGAUCCAUAUGUCACAGUAUCUGUAUCAGGUGCUGUAAUUGGGAGAACUUAUGUGAUUAGUAACACUGAGAACCCUAUUUGGAUGCAGCAUUUUAAUGUUCCUGUAGCACAUUAUGCCGCGGAAGUGCAUUUUGUUGUCAAAGAUAGUGAUGUUGUUGGCUCGCAGAUUAUGGGUGCUGUGGGGAUUCCAGUGGAGCAAUUAUGCUCUGGCAUGAAAGUUGAGGGAACCUUCCCCAUCCUUAAUGCCAGUGGGAAACCUUGUAAGGCUGGAGCUGUAUUGAGUUUAUCAAUUCAAUACACCGCAGUGGGUAAAGUGAGCCUAUAUCAUGGAGUAGGUUCAGGUUCUGAUUACCAAGGAGUCCCUGGGACCUACUUUCCACUUAGGAGAGGUGGGAAAGUCACACUAUAUCAAGAUGCUCAUGUUAAUGAUGGUUGUCUUCCAAAGUUGAAGCUUGAAGGUGAUGUUCAGUAUGUGCACGGGAAUUGUUGGCGCGACAUCUUUGAAGCUAUAAGUCAGGCCCGCCGUUUGAUAUACAUUGUAGGGUGGUCUGUGUACCACAAGGUUAGACUAAUUCGAGAUGGUACUAAUGAAACGGAUUGCAUGUUAGGGGAUCUUCUCAAAAUCAAGUCACAGGAAGGUGUAAGGGUGCUGCUCCUUGUAUGGGACGAUCCUACUUCUAGGAGCAUUUUCGGAUGCAAAACGGCUGGGAUCAUGGGCACCAAUGAUGAGGAAACUCGUCGUUUUUUCAAGCAUUCGUCAGUUAAAGUGCUACUCUGCCCUCGAUCUGCUGGAAAAGGUCAUAGCUGGGUCAAGAAGCAGGAAGCUGAAACAAUCUAUACCCAUCAUCAGAAAACAGUAAUUGUAGAUGCUGAUGCAGGUCAGUAUAAAAGAAAGAUCAUGGCAUUUGUUGGAGGUCUUGAUUUAUGCAUGGGCCGAUAUGAUACUCCAAUACAUCCUCUUUUUAGUACUUUACAAACAGUGCACAAAGAUGACUACCAUAAUCCUAACUUCACGGAGCCUGCUGCUGGCUGUGCCAGAGAACCAUGGCAUGAUUUGCAUUGUCAUAUCGAUGGACCAGCUGCAUAUGAUAUUCUCACCAACUUUGAGGAGCGCUGGUUAAAGGCAUCAAAAGUCCAUGGGAUUCGAAAGCUAAAAGCCUCAUAUGAUGAUGCACUACUCAAGAUUGAAAGAAUUCCUGACAUCGUUGGGAUAGCAGAUUUUCCUCACCAAAGUCAGAAUGGUCCAGGGGAUUGGCAUGUACAGGUUUUCCGUUCAAUUGAUUCCAAUUCUGUGAAGGGAUUUCCAGAGGACCCAAAAGAUGCUACAAGCAGGAAUCUUCUAUGCGGGAAGAAUGUACUAAUAGACAUGAGCAUACAUAUAGCAUAUGUGAAGGCCAUCCGUACUGCCCAGAAAUUCAUUUAUAUUGAGAACCAGUACUUCCUUGGGUCGUCAUACAACUGGGAUUCUCACAAAGACUUAGGUGCUAACAAUUUAAUACCGAUGGAAAUUGCCCUCAAAAUUGCCAACAAAAUAAAAGCAAACGAGAGGUUCUCUGCAUAUAUUAUCAUCCCAAUGUGGCCAGAAGGUGUUCCCACAAGCACUGCCGUUCAGCGGAUUCUCUAUUGGCAGCAUAAAACGAUGCAAAUGAUGUAUGAAAUUAUUUACAAGGCUUUAAAGGAGGUUGGACUUGAGAACAAGUAUGAGCCACAAGACUAUCUGAAUUUCUUUUGCCUUGGAAAUCGUGAGGCAGCAAACAGGGAAGACAGUCUAGACACAAGAAAUUCUGCUGCAGAAAAGACUCCUCAAGCACUGACUCGGAAAAGUAGGCGUUUUAUGAUAUAUGUGCACUCAAAAGGAAUGAUAGUGGAUGAUGAGUAUGUGAUACUGGGGUCCGCAAAUAUCAAUCAGCGGUCCAUGGAAGGCACCAGAGACACUGAAAUAGCAAUGGGUGCAUAUCAGCCUCAUCAUACCUGGGCAAGCAAAGUUUCUGGUCCACGUGGACAGAUCUAUGGAUAUAGAAUGUCAUUAUGGGCGGAGCAUGUCGGGGCAAUCGAAGAAUGUUUCAAGCAACCAGAGAGCCUUGAAUGUGUGAGACAAGUACGGUCCAUGAGCGAGCGCAACUGGAGACAAUAUGCAGCUGAUGAGGUAACAGAAAUGAAGGGCCACCUGUUAAAGUAUCCACUUGAAGUUGAUCGAACGGGCAAGGUGAAGCCUCUUCCUGGCUCUGAGACAUUCCCCGACGUGGGCGGGACUAUUACAGGGACAUUUACAGCUAUUCAAGAAAAUCUGACCAUCUGAUCAACUUAAUGAUACUCAUCAUGCAAGAUGGCCGACAAUUUUCUCCAAUUAAAGUCCUCCAGUGAAGAAUAUGUUUAAGUCUUUGACAUUAACUUGAAUUCCAUAUGCUAUUUGCUCAAUGUUUGGAAGGAAAAAA